GGAGCCGGAGCGGAGUGGGGAGGAGAGGUCGGGCGGUCCCGGAGCGCAGAGACCGGCUCUUUGGCUGCGGCGGAGGCGGCGGCGGCGGCGGCAGUGGCAGCGGCGGGUUUAUAUGGAAAGGACAUUGGGGUGAGCUGAGCCCUGAGCCUCUUUAUUUCUAGCUGGCCUUCCUGAUUCACCACCCCCUUUAAAACCUGGAGAGAUUGGACUACACAAAGCCUUGUUGAUUUCAGGGAGACUAAUCGUCAAAGAUGUCCAGCAAGACGGCAAGCACCAACAACAUUGCCCAGGCUAGGAGAACUGUGCAGCAGCUGCGGUUGGAAGCCUCCAUCGAGAGAAUAAAGGUCUCAAAAGCAUCUGCAGACCUGAUGUCAUACUGUGAGGAGCAUGCCCGGAGCGACCCUCUGCUGAUAGGCAUACCGACCUCAGAAAACCCAUUCAAGGAUAAGAAGACCUGCAUCAUCUUAUAGUAGACCGGGAAGCAACCCCUCGCCUCUUAACGCAAACCACGGCAGCAACCUGAAGAGAUGCCUUCAGCUUACCCGGUAACCACAGCUAGUAACUAAAACACUCUUCUCUUGGAAUAACAGACCCUGAAGUCUCUCUCGUCCAAGUUGUCCUUUCUUUGCCCUUUACUGAUUUAAUACAGAAUAACAUCUUACUUUCUAUUUGAUAACUAUGGUAUCAUAUUGGGUUACUGUAUAAGGAAAGUGGCAGGGGAGUUGGGGAAGCUUGUCUUUUCAAUGCAAAGUUGAUUAAGAUAUGUCAAGACCUAAAUUGUCUAAGCACUAGUAAAUUAAAAUGUCAAGAAUCACUCCGAUCCGAAACCUUUAUAUUAUGUUCUUAAUAAGACUUUUGCCAACCUGUUCCCCACACGGGGGGCCUGGAGAGGCAGGUGUCUGCGGCCAUAGCUUUUUACACUAUUGCCACUAAUCACACUGAAACUUCCUGCUGUAAGAUCAGCCCCUCAGAGUUCUACCUUUAUCUGGAACUCCGUGGAUGUAAAAAAAGAGAUUCUUUCCAUAUAAUUUUUGUACAAAAAAAGGUAAUGAAAGAAUGUUGCAAAGCUCAUAUUCAUCCUAAUGAGCUAAUCUUGUCAUCUCUCCUCUCUUGGAAUCACGCUGACCCCUUAGUCUGCAAUAAACUGUGCCAAUCAAAACUGAAAGCCCUUUGCUGAGGUAUUAGUUCAUAUCAGUCAUUUGGGCUUCUGUGCUUCUGAGGCUAAGAAAGGGAAAGAGACCCUCGGGAGGACCCUGGUCUGCUUCACACCACGGCUCGUGAUGUUUGCUGGAUUCUGGGGGUGGCCACCUCAGAAACUUCCACCCUCACGGCUGGAAUGCAAGAAGGAAGUGUGAGCCUCGCCUUGAGGAGAGCAGAACUGUGAAAACAGCUGCUCUCCUGGGCCCAGCUUGGCAGGCAACCCUCUCCCUUUCUCCUCGCCAGCAUGAUGCCUGUCCCUUGCUGCUAGAGCAACUCCUUCAUGGGGACAUUCUCUCCUGCCCAGCUCCAGCUGGGCGGAAUGCAGUGGGAAGAAACAGUCAGCAAUAUGAAGACACUUGAGCUCUUUCCAGACGGCUGCAGUUUCUUCACUGCCAUUGUCACAAACCACCCAGGGCAAGGGACCCUUCCGGCGGGAGGCUUGCAGUCUGUAGGGCAGUCCCGGUGCUUCCAGCAAUCGGGGAUUGAGGUCAUCAGUCUUACCUUGAUUAUGAAGAUAGCCCAUGUACCCCCAGAGUGUCCAGAGGCAGACAACCUGCUAUGACCAAGGACGUAUCUUGACUUUGUCACAAUGAGAGGGUUCAUUUAAAAUAUUCAUUUAGAAGCCCAACCCAAAGACAAAGCCUGUGAUAUUUUAAUUCAUUUUCAG